AUCUCUGCAGACGUUGUCCAUGACCGCACGUUGCCAACUUGGAUCAAUUUGGCUCGAGGGUUUGACGGGCGGUGUCGGGCAUGUCAAUUCGCAAAGUCUGCUCAAUCUGUGUCUCGGUCACCCAAAUCUCACCUAUCUUGACAUGGACCUGCGGUACUUUUCCUCAGUUCUGCACCUGCACCACUUCCUACUUUACUUUUGCAAACUCUCCUCGCUGAGAUUGGAGCACACGUUGAGCUCUGAUCCAGGGCUGGAACUUCACUUCGACGCCGGGACCCACCGUACACAUUCACAUCACUCCCUGUCUGUUGCAUUCCUAUGCUUUGCACACAUGUCGGCAGAUUGUGCAUCGCAGAUCCUGCGCCUGGUCGGGGUUGGCAUGCCAUUCAAGGUCCCCACACACUUGGAGAUUUCGUUGGUCGAUCGACCAUCUGCAGAUCAUCUGCGGAGCGUUGCGAGUUCACUCAAACAAUGUGGAUCCCACCUCAAACGUUUCGAAUGGUAUAACGAGAAGGGAAACGACCUGGAUGCUGUGCCGUGCACCACGGCCAAUACAUCCCUUCUAACGCUCGACGUCAUUCUGGGCCUCACACCAUCACGACAUAUACUUCAAGGGUUUCUUUUGGAAGUAUUAUCCAACGUUGCAAGUCCACAGCUGCGGUGGCUCAGAAUCGAUGUCACGCUGUUGCAUCCAACAGCGUUUCGAAGCCGAAGUGAGGAUUCGUUCACGACAGUCGAUGCACAGGACCUUACACGCGCUUUCCGCGAUGUUCUGUCCCGGAGUGUCUUCACCCAGGCGACAGAUCUGUCUAUUCAGAUCGAGGUGCGGGGAAACAACGCCCCGCUCUCCGAUGGGAUCCAAUCCGACAUGGUCAACCUCUUUACGCCGUGGUUAGAUCGCGGAUUUGUACAGAUCGAUUUCUACGAGCUUAGUUUAAAAAUCUAUAGUGAGCGGAUCACUCAGUUAUUUGUAACGAUGCCACUUCAAUUCGUUCUACAUGCUAAUCACACGGAGUAGGGCGUAGAACGUGGGGGCAUUGAGGUUGUCCGAUGAAGAGCGCGCACCAUUGGAUGCAGAUGAGGAACCCGCGAUGCCGGAUGAAGAACACAGGCCGUCGGAUGAAGAACAC